UAAGCCUCUAAUCUCUCUCUCUAUGUCCUUCGCGUCUUCUAUUGUACGCACUCUCUCUCUCUUCCCCUUGGUGUCACUAAACUCACUGAGACACUGAAGGCGAGAGGCUGCUUAGAUCUGUGAAACACAGAACCCUAAGCUCGAAGGACGAUCUGCGUAAAGCAUUUUAACAGGUUGGGUUUUGCUAGAACUUCAAUGGCAGUGACAGAUGCACAAAAUGCUCUUCUUGGAGAAAUCACCUGUGGUUCUUUGUUUAAGAAACUGCAGGAAAUAUGGGAUGAGGUUGGCGAGAGUGAUGAGGAACGAGACAAGAUGCUUCUUCAGUUAGAACAGGAGUGCUUGGAUGUGUACAAGAGAAAGGUUGAGCAGGCAGCAAAGUCAAGGGCACAACUACUUCAAUCCUUGUCCGAUGCUAAAGUUGAGCUUUCUAGCCUUCAAUCAGCCCUUGGGGAAAAAAGCUUUGCUGGAAUCCCUGAAAACACUUCUGGAACUAUCAAGGAACAGCUUGCAGCUAUAGCGCCAAUACUUGAGCAGUUAUGGGAGCAAAAGGAGGAGAGAAUAAAGGAAUUUUCAGAUGUGCAGUCACAAAUCCAAAAAAUAUGUGGAGAAAUAGCUGGGAGCUUAAGCCUUGGUGAUCAAACAGGAACACCUGGAGUUGAUGAAUCUGACCUGUCUCUGAAAAAGUUAGAUGAAUAUCAAUCUCAACUCCAAGAACUUCAAAAGGAAAAGAGUGAUAGGUUGCACAAGGUUCUUGAAUUUGUGAGUACAGUGCACGAUCUUUGUGCUGUUCUUGGGAUGGACUUCUUCAGUACUGUGACUGAGGUUCAUCCAAGCUUGAAUGAUUCUACUGGCGUUCAAUCCAAAAGCAUCAGCAAUGACACCCUAGCUAGACUGGCUAAGACAGUCUUAACUCUCGAAGAAGAUAAAAAGCAGAGACUGCACAAGCUCCAAGAAUUAGCUUCUCAGUUAAUUGAUCUGUGGAAUUUAAUGGAUACUCCCCCAGAAGAAAGAAGACUAUUCAACCAUGUUACUUGUAAUAUGUCAGCUACUGUGGAUGAAGUCACUGUUCCUGGGGCCCUUGCUCUGGAUCUGAUUGAGCAGGCUGAAGUGGAAGUUGAAAGACUGGAUCAACUGAAAGCCAGCAGGAUGAAGGAGAUUGCUUUCAAGAAGCAAGCAGAACUUGAGGAGAUAUUUGCCCGUGCUCAUAUAGAAAUAGAUCCAGAAGCUGCUCGAGAGAAAAUCAUGGAACUGAUUGAUUCUGGAAAUAUCGAACCUGCUGAAUUACUGGCUGACAUGGACAAUCAAAUAGCAAAAGCAAAAGAGGAAGCUUUAAGCCGAAAAGAAAUAUUGGAUAAGGUUGAGAAAUGGAUGUCAGCAUGUGAAGAAGAGAGUUGGCUUGAAGACUAUAAUCGGGAUGAAAACAGGUACAAUGCAAGCAGAGGUGCACACUUGAACCUCAAACGUGCAGAGAAAGCUCGGAUACUGGUCAACAAAAUUCCAGCUUUGGUUGACACAUUGGUUGCUAAAACUCGUGCAUGGGAAGAAGAUCAUGGCAUUUCAUUCACAUAUGACGGUGUUCCACUUCUUGCCAUGUUAGAAGAAUAUGCCAUGCUCAGGCAUGAAAGGGAAGAAGAAAGACGCAGGUUGAGGGACCAGAAGAAGCAUCAGGAUCAGCAACACACGGAACAGGAAGCUAUCUUUGGUUCAAGACCCAGCCCUGCUCGGUCAGUUUCUGUUGGGAACAAGAAGGUAGUAGGACCUCGUGCAAACGGAGGGUCCAACGGGACUCCUAACCGACGGCUAUCUCUCAACGCUCACCAGAACGGAUCACGGUCCACCAUGAAAGACGGUGGCAAAAGGGAUAACACUAGACCGGUUGCUCCGGUGAAUUAUGUGGCCAUAUCCAAAGAUGAUGCUGCUUCCCAUGUUUCUGGUGGCGAUCCCGUCCCGACCUCACCCUGAUAAUGUGAUCUGUAUUUCAUUCAAACCCCGUAUAAAUGCGUCUUUGUAGCAUGAUCAUAUUCCUAGUUGCUGCAGUAGGAAAAAUAUAAUGCAUCCGCAAGAAUUAAUCGGAGAGAGACAAUUACUAAGCUGUGUAUGUGGUAUUUUGCCAUUUGGAGGUGUUGUCAGUACAUGUUGCGCCAUCCAUUCAGCCCGUUGACAGA